CGGCCCACCAUAGACGUGUAUAUACAGGGGAAACGCGAGAUAUUUUAACAUGAGAAUGGAUAACGGCAUCCAAAGUAGUUGUUAAGGAGGAUAAAGAAUCGAAUUUACUGGACUAAAUACAGAUGAAUGCUGUAAAAAGGAUUUAAAAUCAACGCAACCCCGAAGGAUCGGUCCAGCCCCCGGUACUGGUCCGCCUCUCGCUGUCUCUCUGACCGUCGGUGGUGACUCACGGAGCCCGGGCCGUUCUCGGAGCAUUGCUGACCGGUCGGAUACAUCUACGGAACGAUCGACAGGAUUAAAGCAUGAAGUUCAAACCGAACCAGACGCGGACUUUCGACCGGGAAGGAUUCAAGCGGCGUGCGGCGUGCCUGUGCUUCAAGAACGAACGGGAGGAUGAGGUGUUGUUGGUCAGCAGCAGUCGGAACCCGGAUCAGUGGAUCGUUCCCGGUGGUGGAAUGGAGCCAGAGGAGGAGCCGUGUGGAGCUGCGGUACGAGAAGUGUAUGAGGAGGCUGGAGUGAAGGGUAAACUGGGUCGUUUGCUCGGUGUGUUCGAGCAGAACCAGGACCGCAAACAUAGGACAUAUGUGUAUGUGCUAACAGUGACGGAAACACUGGACGAUUGGGAGGACUCUGUCAACAUUGGACGUAAGCGGGAGUGGUUUCCUGUCGAUGAGGCCAUGAAAGUUCUGCAGAUCCACAAACCGGUUCACGCCGAGUACCUGAGACGCCUUCAGAUCAGUCGCCCACGAAACAACCAUGGCAACCUGCGCCUGCCCCAAACAUCUCCAAACAACCUCACACCACUCUACAGCGGACCGGCAUCAGCUACACGCAGAUAGGACACACACACACACACACACACACGUAUAUGUAUAAACAUACACACACACACCUCACUCCCAUUGGCUGACCUCCAUCUGAAUGGACAGUCACUUAAAAAUCACUAACACACACAUCUCCAGGGCAUUUCUGUUUUGCCAUGGAGAUAACCCUGACAACACCUCUUAGGCACCAUGGGGACGUUCUUUAGAGGAACAAACCAAAGUCGUAACUGUGGAGAUUUUGGUGAAAGAAUGCCUUAACUUAACUUGUUUUUUUUUUUUAACAAAGUUGGUUUUUAAACUGUUACUGAUGUCUGAUUGGUUUUAGUUAUUGUAACUAAAUGAUAAUUAUUGACCAGCUUAACACACAAGUCACAUGGAAGUGCACUUCCAAAACCCCUCGACCUCUCUCACCUCUAGGAUCUUGGCAUUCUGGGAUUGUGAUGUUGGGAAUGUCAUUUCCAUUUCCUUCAGCUUAAGCGUUUUACCUCACCGAUUUCACUCUGUUAGUGCUGUAAUGAUCCCAAACCUCCAUUUAAGACCUUUUAAUGCCCCCCUCACUGUUGCUUCUGACAGGAUAAUGGGAUUUUACCAGGUCAGAGAUUCCGAUUGACAAGAUUGAGAUUGUCGGGAAUUAGUUGUGAGCAGGAGGGUUGUAAUCUCGGCACAGUUUCAAGUAUGUUCUCAUUUUAUGCUCUGAUUUAAAAAAAAAAAUGUAAAUAUACUAAAAGACUGAAGAGGACAAAUAAUGUAUCAUGGUUUUUAACUACAAAUGCAAAUGUGUUAACCUUUUUUGCUCCUAACAAUUUAUAUGAGGUCUUUGUUUAGAUGAAUUUGACAAGAACAGAACUGUGAAUUUUGUCUGAGAAAAUAAAACGAUACAUGUGUGAAUCUGGGGAAACCUGUCAAAAACAUGAGCUGGUCAUAUUUCACACCAAAAUCAAAAGAAAGAAAAAAUAUAUAUUUUGAAAAUGAAGCAUAUUUUUAGGACCAUUAAGAUUUUUCUAUUGUGACAUAGUUUUCUUGCCAAAAACAGGUUGUCGAUUUAACGCAUUAAUUCAGUGCGAUUAAUAUGAUAAAAAAUAACACGUUAAAACAAUUACGCAAUUAAUCGCAAUAAGAUUCCUGAGAAACGCAAGCUUGUAGUACCACCUGUUUACUCCAGGGGGCAGUAAGUGAAACUUCAACUGUAUGAGCAACUCACAGUUUAUACAGUGAACAAAACAACCCACAACACAAACAUGCGUUACGUUCUUGCGUUCAAAACACUUGAAGGAGCACAAAUCCUAACUAAAAGAUCUCAAGAUGUUUUCUAAGUAUUAAAAUAUAUUUUACUUGACACAGUCACCUAAAACAUUUUUAAAUAUUUAAAGAUAACUAUGUAUAAUUAUUUCAUAAUUAUAUAUUUAAUUAUUGUCAUACGACGGGCUUUCUCAGCAAAUAUUUGUAUAUGCGAUUAAUCGUGACCAUUUAAUUAAUUUGAUUAAAAAUUGUAAUCGAUUGACAGCCCUAAUAAAUAUAUAUAUAUAUAUAUAUAUAUAUUUACCGAUCAGCUACAACAUUAAAACCACCUGUCUAAUAUUGUGUAGGUCCCCCUCGUGCCUCCAAAACAGCACCAACCCACAUCUCAGAAUAGCAUUCAGAGAUGAUAUUCUUCUCACCACAACUGUACAGAGCGGUUAUCUGAGUUACCGUAGACUAUGUCAGUCUGGACAUUCUCUGUUGACCUCUUUUGACCUUUUGUGCUGCCACACGAUUGACUGAUUAGAUUAUCGCAUGGAUGAUUGUUGGUGCCAGAUGGGCUGGUUUGAGUAUUUCAAAAGAGGUCAACAAAUAUAUAUAUAUAUAUAUUUCUUUUUUUUUUGGAUUUUGUGGUGAAAUGUGACUUGGACAUGUUUUUUUGAGAUUCACCCUAAUUAGUUUUAGGCACCGGCAAAGCCUUGUGUUUAUCUUUUAGAUAUGAGGAUUGGGUGCCUUUUUUCUCCUUAUAACUUAAAAAAAAAAAAACACAUUGUACUGUCAAUUUGUGUUCAAACACUGAUGAACUUGGGAGAGGCUUAUCUGGAUCCAGUUCUACACUCAGUGUUUAUGUUAGUAUUGGGUGUGUGAGCUGAUCUCAGAUCGGUGUGAGAUGCUGUCUGCUGGAAUCGCACUCAAACACUGAAAUGUAACACAUCGCUCCAGAUAUUCAAGCCAUUUGUGGGUUCCAGCAGGUCGGGCAUCAUCUGACCGUUCUGUGUGUGUGUUGCAUAUGUGUGUUACAGUAUGUUUGUGUUUUGAUAUGUGAAAGAGAAGAGCUCCGAGUCUUUGAGCUGUUGAACAAAUGACACUUUUCUUUAGAUUACACUGAAAUGCCCAAUGGGAAGUGCGAUGUGUCACAGGGAAAACUAAACAAACAAAACAAAAAAUAACUAAAUGUACAUUUCAUAGAAACAUGUGAACUCCAUGUUCCUAGUAAAACAAAAACAGGAGUAUCUUUACACAAAAUGUCUAAUAUUUUGGGUGUUGAGAUGAAUUCUGAUAUUGUGUGCAUUAAGCCCUGGACAUUGUCAUGGUUUAGGUAGAUUAACUAACCUGUUUGGAGAUGCCAACUGGCUCACAGUUUCUGUAUGUUUAAUGUAAUCUGUACAGGUGUUAAUAAUGGAGAUUUUUAUUGGUCAAUAAAGAUUGUAUCACAUUAAGACUGCUAUGAGAACUGUUUCAA